CGCCAGCCAGCGUUGCCUUGUAGCUUGGUCUAGUCGGAGCUUCAAACAGCCAAGGCUACGAACCAUCGACGACGACCACGACCAAACCUCGACGAGCCCAACGAAAGCUACACCGAAGACGCUCAUCUGCAUCUCAUAUACAGAUUGAUAGCCACUACAUAUCUGACUGAUCCUUGAUUCGCGCCUUGUCAAGGAACAAGUAGAACCAGCGGCAAGAGGUUCCUCAAGCGUAUACACCUCCAUAGUGCCCUCAAGCGUCGUGCAUCAAGGCUACGAUACCACAUAAACCAGGACAAUGUCGUCGCCAUUCUCAAUAAACGGCGGCGCCUGCGUCGCGAUGGUGGGCAAGGACUGCGUCGCCAUAGCGUGCGACCUGCGCCUGGGCAUGCAGGCCCUGACCGUAUCCAACAACUUCCCCAAGAUCUUCAGCUACUCGUCGUCCGUCUUCCUCGGCCUGACGGGCCUGGCCACCGACGUCGCGACCGUGUCGGACCUGUUCCGCUACAAGGUCAAUAUGUACCGCCUGCGCGAGGAGCGCAACAUCGCCCCGCGCACCUUUGCCAACCUCGUCUCGAGCAGCCUCUACGAGCGCCGCUUCGGCCCUUACUUUGUCAGCCCCGUCGUCGCCGGCCUCGAGCCCAAGACGGGUGCCCCCUUCAUCUGUGGAUUCGACAGCAUCGGAUGCAUUGACUUUGCCAAGGACUUUAUCGUCAGCGGUACCGCCAGCGAGCAGUUGUUUGGCAUGUGCGAGAGUCUGUGGGAGCCGGAUUUGGGCCCCGAGGACCUCUUCGAGACCAUUUCACAGGCCCUGCUCAGCGCCGUCGACAGAGAUGCUUUGUCAGGCUGGGGUGCUCAUGUUUACAUCAUCGAGAAGGACAAGGUCACCAAGAGGUUACUCAAGGGUCGCCAGGACUAAGGGGUAGAGAGACUGGUUUUGUUCGUGCUAGGGACAUUCGAGCAUGCGACGCCAUGAUGACAUGUGGCCAUCCCGAAGUUAUAGACUAGGAAAAUGGGUUUCCCGUCCACUAGGGUUGCGGGACAUGCAUAGCAUGUGUUGAGAAAGACGAGCUCAGUUAUAGACUGGUGACAAGACAGCAGACCAGACUGGGAUCCAGGCUACAUCUUUUAAAUAUCCCUUUGUGCUGUAACAAUACACUUUCGAAUGAAGAUCUCACAUGAUGCCACAGCUCCAAGACAGACAAAGUCACAUGAUCUAAAUGUUCAAAUAUAACCAUGGACUACACUGCGUUGAACGUAGUUCUAUCUGAACAAGGAAGAUAAUUCGCG